AUGGGAGCUGUGAAAUUGGAGCUUCGCUGUUGUCCGCAGAGAGUUCUAGGGCUUGCGGUCGAACCCGAGCCCAAGUGGAGCUUCGAGUCUCUGUUGUCGGAGCUCGAUUCGCUAGAGGAGAAGCUUAGUUUGCCGGCCAAUUCCGCCGUUCCCUUUACUAAAAAUCGAUCUCGGGGAUACCCAAAUGGGAAAACCGCGGCAUUCUCCAUGAGAGUAUCAGACGAGGAGCUGGAAGUUUCUGACGGCGAGGAGGAUGAUAGUCGAGGUUUAGUCGUGUUCAAUUGUGAUGAUGAUGCUAAUGCAAGAGAGAAUGAGGAUUCUAGUCAGGAGGAGUUUGCUGGUGCUCUUGAUGUUCAACCUUACUUAAUGGACGAAGUUGGAUUGGUGGAAGCUUCUAUGUUUGAGCAGAUUCAUGAACAUCAACUUGAACUGAAGGAGGGGAUUAGAAGCCAACUAUUGGCAUUGGAGAUGGAGGUGAUGAGCAAAAAUCAAAAGGGUGCUUCAGCAAUUGCUCGAAUCGACAAGUACAGCGAAGCGAGAAGGAAAUCAGACCGGAAAGUUGACAUCUUGUACCGGCGUUACAUUGCAGAAGCAGUAGAUGAUCACUUGACUGCUAUCCAGCAGGAUCAUGAAAUCAAGUGCCAAAUGGAAGAAAGAAGAAUAAGGAUUGAUGCAGAGGAGGCAAAGAGAAAGGAAAAAGCUAUUGUGAGAGCUUCUGCUUCUGCUCUUCCUCUGGAACAAGGAAGGCUGCAGAAGCUUAAAGAGCUACAAGACCAAAACCAGUCUCUCAUGUCAAUGUCCAAUGUGAACCUCGACAAGCACACACGGCAGAUUGGUAGACUGAUAAGACAGAUAAGAGGGACAGAAGAAAAUGUAAGAACAAAAGCAAGUGAACUUCUGAACAUCUUCAAGAACAAUCCUGAUUGCCCCGAGCCCAUCACCAUCGCAGCAUUUGCCAAGAAGGUUGUUGAACACUGCGAAAACCCUGACAAUUCGGCUUUUGCAUCUGCUCAAGUAAUAGUCCUCAUCACUUCACAGGUCCCAUAUGCAAUGGAUCUGAUCUUGGCCAAGUUCCACAAAGCUUGUAUCUACACGGUCCCGAAGCAUAUAUCAUACUCAAAAGCUGCAUUCGGCUCCAAAGAGGCCUAUUACAAAGCACAGCUUGGGUUUAGGGAACAUGGCGGACAACUUGAGAGUGUCAAAGAUUACUUGAAACGCACGGAAGCAUCCAUGAGAUUGUAUGGAGCUCUGGUUCAGACAGAAACAGUAGGUGGUGGUAUUGAGAACCCUCACGGCCCAGCAGCAGGAUGGUCAUGGCUCGCCAGAUUCUUAAACACUCUCCCAGCAAAUGCAUUCACCGCUGUGGCACUCGAUGCAUUCCUGCAAACUGCUGGGUUCGCCCUGUAUCGAAAGUACAAGUCCCAGUUCGCGAAGUUGCUGCACAUUGUUUCGAGUCACUUCCUCGAGGCGCUGAAAGCUCGCGACGAUCCUGACCUGAAGCCCGUAAUCAUGGAGAUCGAAUCGUACAUUCAAUACGAGAAAUACCUACAAGAGCCAGAAGGGAGGAGGAUGGCAGGGAAGCCUCUGCUGUCCAGCCAAAGUGGCUUCUGA